GUUCCCGGGUUCUGAAACACUCCGUUAAAUUCUGCCCAAACACAAAUCCUCUUCAAUCGUUUGUUCUUCAUUCCUUUUCGAUGGUUUCUGUCUAGUAAAGAAAUUGAUUGUUGAAUUGCAGAUUAUGGGGAAUCAAAACUCAUUCUUGUGAUCAAUGUUUAGAUAGCGGAACCAACCCUAGUCAUGGAAUCGUCGGAUCGAGUAGAAACCCUAAUUCCAGAAGAGGAUUUCGAGUAUGACGAGGAAGAAGAAGAAGAAGAAGAAGAAGAAGAAGAAGAAGAAGAUGUUGAUUUUAAUCCGCUUCUAAAAGGAACUCCUUCUCGUGAGGCUUCUUCGAGUUUGAGCUCUGAAGUUGAAACUCUUGAUGGUGAAAUUGUUAAUAGCAUUACUGUUGCGCAAAUCUUAGACGGCAGGGAAGCAAAAGAGGACAUCGCGAUGCAAAGUAAUGUUGAAUCAAUCCCCAAGGAGAGGAAAUUGAAUUCUGAUCCCGGUUCUGAGAAAGGAGGCGACUUUGUAAGACGAGUUGAAAGUUCGGCAUAUGAAAAUGGAGACAUGAUCCAAACUCAGAGGCGACUUUUGAUGUCAGAUGAGGAAGAUGAUGCAAUCUGCAAGCGAACUAGAGCUCGGUAUUCGCUCGAGAGUUUUACUCUUGAUGAUCUCGAAGCUUUCCUUCAGGAGACUGACGAUGAGGAUGACAUUCCAAAUGUUGAUGAUGAGGAAGAAUACCGCAAGUUUCUGGCCGCCGUUUUACACAGUGGUGAUGGUGAUGUUCAGGUGACACAGACUGGAAAUAACGAUGAUGAUGAUGAUGAGGAUAAUGAUAUAGACUUCGAGAUAGAACUUGAAGAAGCACUGGAGACUGAUGACGAGGAAAGCAUACCAGAAAAGGUCAUAACAGAUGACAACAAAAUCAAUAGGCGACGGCCUGUGACCAGGCAGAAGAGACGGCAAAACAUCUCCAACUCUCCUGAGCAGCCUAACAGAGUGUUACGCCCUCUUAUACCUAUCUUGCCCGUUACACCACCUGCUUUGAGGUUUCCUGCUACUGAAGCAGUUGCUUCGUCAGGAGACAGUCCAAUUUAUGGAUUCAGUCAAGCCCAAAUGGGGGAAUUGCAUUGUUUGAUUCAUGACCACCUUCAACUUCUUAUCCAAGUUUACUCUCUCUGUGCAUUCGAUCAUUCACGGCAGCACAUUGGAACCCAAGUCCAACGACUUAUAUCUGAGAUGCUCCAACAACACCAAGGAUAUGUUUCACGCCAAAGUCAUCCUCUUGUCUCUGGUUCGGCAUCAUCAGUUCUGGAUACUGUUGCUCUAGCUGGGAGAUAUCUAGUUGAUGUUUCUACCGCUGUUCAAGAUUAUCGACGGUCUCAAGUGGAAUCCGGUUUUGAUGCUUCUUCUCAAAGAGUGCCAUUGUUUCUACUUCCUCACCAAGAAGUUGGCGGUGACAUCGUAAACAAUCCUCCUUCAGCUCCUAGUACAAGUAAGUCACCAUCAGAUCAGCAGCAGUCUAAGAAGACGUUAGCUGCUACACUCGUUGAAUCAGCAAAGAAGCAAUCUGUUGCCUUGGUCCAUAAGGAUAUCGCCAAGUUAGCUAACAGAUUUCUGCCGUUGUUCAAAGCAUCGCUAUUUCCCCGCAAGCCACCUGCUGCAGCUGUUAGCAAUCGGUUCCUAUUCACCGAAGCUGAGGAUGAAUUACUGGCUCUUGGAAUAAUGGAAUAUAACUCAGACUGGAAGGCAAUAAAGCAGCGGUUUCUUCCAUGUAAAGGCGAACAUCAGAUUUAUAUUAGGCAGAAAAACCGGAGAUCAUCUAAAGCCCCAGAAAAUCCGAUCAAGGCAGUUUUGAGGAUGAAAAGCUCUCCCCUGGCCCCACUAGAGAUGGAACGUAUACAAGAGGGACUUAAGUACUUCAAAUAUGACUGGAUGUUGGUGUGGAAAUUCGUUGUGCCUUAUCGAGACCCAUCCUCACUGCCAAGGCAAUGGCGCACUGCCCUUGGAAUUCAGAAAUCGUAUAAGCUAGAUGCUGUCAAAAAGGAGAAGCGGCGAAUAUAUGAUUCAAACAAAAGAAAGUUCAGAGAGCAGUUGGCAUCUGCAAAAGAGGAUUGUCGUGGUGCUUCUAAGGCCAAUGAAAAUCAUGUUGGACAUGAAUUGGUGGACAAUUCAGGUGACGCAUACCUUCAUGAAGGAUUUUUAGCAGACUGGAGGCCUGGCAUGCCAACUUUCUUUUAUUCUACGUCUAUGCACUCCUUUGGUAAGGCAAAGGAUGUUCCCCGUGAUCGCCAUGAGUCAGUUGAAACAUGUACUGGUGAAGGAUCUAAAAAUGCUGAACGUUUUAGUGCCCAAACUCUAACAUGUACGCGGAGACUUGCACCUUCUUUCAUUCCUCUGUACCACCACACAUCUGGUACAGCACCCGGUGGCUCAAGAGCACCGAUAAUCAUGCAGCCAUAUCGUCGUCCUCGUAAACAACGCAACACAAGUGUAGUGAGACUAGCCCCUGAUUUACCUCCACUUAACCUUCCAUCUUCGGUCCGUGUUAUCUCGCAGUCAGUUUUUGCAAAGAAUCGGUCUGAAACAUCCUCCAAAACUUGUAUCAAUAAGGGUGGCAUGUCUGAUGUUUCUGGGAGGGCGGUUUUGGGUACGGAAUCUCCUUGCUUUUCAGCUGACGCAGAUAACAACAGUCCCCCUUGCGAGAAAGAUUUGCCUGCAGAGAGCUCUUCUGGGAUGGGCGAGACGGACAAUGACUCAGAUCUUCAAAUGCAUCCUUUAUUGUUCCGGACCCCUGAGCAGGGACAGAUCACAUGUUACCCUUCAAUCAGAGACCGAGAAGGUUCUAGUUCCUUCAGUUUCUUUUCUGACAAUCGACCUCAGCUGCUGAGUCUUUUCAACAGUCCAAGGCAAAUCAAUCACUCAGCUGAUCAGUUCCAGAACAAGUCAUCAUUAAAUGAAAGCGAGGCUGCACUGGGCGACAGUUGUUUUCAUCCUCUUCUUCAAAGAACUGAAUGUGAAACGAGUGAUCUCAUUAGUAGACGUCGGAACUUAGACACAGACAUUGGCAAGAAAGGCAAAUUAUUUCAACCUCAGGAUAGUUCUAAUGCCGGUGAGAAGACUUCUAUCCCUGGUACUGGUCGUAAUGAUGUCAGCUUGAAACCUUUCAGUUCUAGAAAACAUGCAAAAAAUGUAAACUUAGAUAUCAAUCUAAGUCCGAGCUCUUCUAAGGUCAAAGAUUGUGGUAGUGUCUCAGCAGCAAAUAUUUCAGAAGUUCCAGAUAUCUGCAUGAUUCAACGUAAUGAUGGCUCUGAAGUGCCUGGAUCAACCGCAACAAGCGAUAGAUGCAUUGACGAGAUGGCUGAUCAAUCUAAUCUAGGUAUAGUGAUGGAACAAGAGGAAUUAAGUGAUUCUGACGAAGAGAUCAAUGAGGAAGAACAUGUUGAGUUUGAGUGUGAAGAGAUGGCUGAUUCUGAAGGCGAAGAGGGUUCAGAAUGUGAAGAAAUCAUUGAAAUGCAGGAUAAGGAUAACCGAAGCUCUACAGUAGAAAUAGUUUCAACAGAUGUCGAUUCUGGCAAAGAACUAGGCAGGGAUUCUCCAAGCAGUCCUUGGUUGAGUCUGGAUCCCAGUAGCCGUCCCUUUAGUACUAAGGUUAAGGGCAUAGAGAAGACAGAGCCAGAAAAUAAAACGACCAUGACGCAAUAUGGUCCUAGUAGAUCACGCAGAAAGAGGACACCAAUGAAGAGCAGAGAUUUAGAAUCAAAGGAAAACACAGGUGUUGCUCGGUUGAGACUGGGUCCUCUCGCUCUCCCUUCAAUGAAGAAACCCAAGAAGUGUGUUGAGCAGGCGGAAACAAGUCCAAGUAUUGAGACAACCUGAGAAACUUCUAGGCCCUACAACAAAUGAUUAGCUCUUUCCCACUCCAUAUUGCUUCUAGGUUCAGAGACAUCACAUUACGGCCAAUCUGGGGAGCUAUGUUACCCUUGGAGUUUACUAUUAACGAGGUUACCUGGUCAACCUCCUGCAUUUGCUACAUGGACUGCGAUCCAGAAGUGGAAAGCAGAUAUGCCUUGAAGGGAAGGACUCAUUCUCUCCGAUAUUACUUCCGGGGUUGAAAGCAUGGCUGUUCUUGUGAAUCAAGUUGAUACCGAGAAUGGGCCUUCUUAUUACACCUACUACACUACGGUGAAAUAUUCAGAGUCGUUUAAGCUGACACAGCCUUCUUUUAGAUGCGACUGUGGUAACCCAUGUAAACCAGGGAACUUGAACUGUCACUGCAUAAGGAAAAAUGGAGGCGAUUUCCCCUAUACCACUAAUGGAGUUCUAGUUAGCCGGAAGCCUAUGAUAUAUGAAUGCAGCCCAUCUUGCCCGUGCUUGGCUUGCAAAAACAAGGUUACUCGGAUGGGACUAAAAUGAGGCUGGAAAUUUUCAAGACAGUGAAUAGAGGAUGGUGCUUGCGCUCGUGGGAUCCUACUCGUGCUGGUUCGUUUAUAUGUAUAUGAAGGUGCACAGCAAACUAUGGCUAAUGAUGAUUAUACUUUGGAUACAACAUGUGUCUAUACCCCUUUCAAAUGGAACUAUGAGCUUGGCUUAGCAGAACAAAGAUGCUUCUGAGGAGAUGUCUGAAGAACCUGAAAUCCCGCUUCCUCUUAUAAUCAGUGCUAAGAAUGUUGGGAAUGUUGCCUGUUUCGUGAAUCACUGUUGCUCCCCUAAUGUUUUCUGGCAGCCAGUUACUUAUGAAAAUAACAGUCUAACUCUUCUUGCAUGUGGCCUUGUUUGCCAUUUCUCACAUAUACGACUAUGGAGUUUUACGAGGAACUUAAAAUGGUAAUUUUUUUUUUUUUAGCAAAGUAGCAAACAUAUAUGUAUUAGAUUGAUGUCAUAAAAUCAGAGUACAACGUUUUUGUUAGCCAACCAAGUAAUCAAAAUCUUU